GUCCCAACUAUGGACAAGCCCGAAAAAAAUGAAAUCACUUACGAAUACACAAGACGAAGACGUGAAUUCGGCCGUCAGACAUUAUUUGAAGACUAUGGGCCAGUUAUGUGCGUUAGUAUACCAUGUAAUCCAUCAUUUUUCAAAAACUAUAUACUGCGAAAUCCUGUUAAUGUAAGCAUACAGAACACUAGUACCAUGUCCGAACAUUGGGUGAAUUCUGUAAGGGCUGAAUACACGAGUUCAGGCGUUAACCAUGUCGAAGGAGGGUGGCCCAAAGAUAUUAACAUGAACGAUCCUGAAGCAGCGCAACGAUACAGACGGAAAAUUGAAAAGGAUGACGCCUACAUACACGCCGUAAUGCACUUGGGGCAUAGCAUGGAACACAAUAUACUACAAAAUAACGCCAUCGAUAUGUACGAAACGUACUAUUCUGAUACGCCCUCGAUACCUCCGGUUGAAAAAAGUAGUUGCCAUACUGUAAAUGUGUAUCGCGAACCAGGAGCGCGUCGUCCAGUGAGGGCUCUGUCGUGGCAGGCUGACGGCGGCGCUCGGUUAGCAACAGCACAUGCUGACGUUGAACUAAUGAGGACCAGUAGAAACACACAGCUUUCUUACAUUUGGGACAUCGAAAACGCAAACGCACCAGAGUUGAUAAUAAAACCUCCACUACCGCUACUAGAUCUGCAAUACAAUCCUCGAGAUCAACAUGUUCUUGUGGGUGGAAUGAUGAAUGGACAGGUAGGCUGGUGGGAUGUACGCAAGGGAGGGGAACCAGCGGGGAUUUGUCCUCCUCACGUGGCACAUCGUGAUCUCGUUCGCAAUGUAUUAUUCAUCAACUCUAAGACUGGAGCAGAAUUUUUUUCUUCAUCACCGGAUGGCGUCGUUAAAUGGUGGGAUACGCGCAAUAUGAGUGAACCAACUGAUUCAAUGAUUAUUGACAUUGUAAAAUCAACGACUGACACCCAAAACAUCGACCAUGCAAUCGGUAUAUCUGCUCUUGAAUAUGAAGCUACAAUACCGACAAGAUUUAUGGUGGGAACUGAAACCGGAUUGGUUAUUGGCGGUAAUCGCAAAGGAAAAAAUCCUUUAGAAAAACUUCCAUCGAAGUAUGAGGCCCACCUUGGUCCGGUUUAUGCACUUCAGCGCAAUCCAACUUUCUUGAAGAACUUCUUGACUGUCGGUGAUUGGACUGCGCGCGUGUGGAGCGAGGAUUGUAGAGAGUCGUCCAUUCUGUGGACGUACUCUCAUCGCACCAAACUUACUGAUGGAGCUUGGAACCCUAUCCGGUUUUCUCUAAUGCUGGUGACACAAUGGGACGGUUGUCUCUCUUGCUGGGACUUGCUCAGGCGAAGAAGUGCACCCAUCGUUACUGCGCAACUAUGCGACGAGCCUUUAUUGCGUCUCAGGCCACAUGAAGGAGGUCUACUAGUGGCAUGUGGCAGCAGUAAGGGGACUAUAUAUUUAGCUGAACUAUCGCAAAAUUUAGGCACAGCCGAUAAAAAUGAUAAACAACUUCUCACCCACAUAUUGGAACGUGAAAAUAAACGUGAGCGCAUACUGGAGGCACGUAUGAGAGAAUUGCGGUUGAAAAUGCGGCAAGACCGUGAUUGCGGGCAACAGAUGACAGAGUCCGACCCUACAGCCAAUGACAGGGACCUUGAAGAGGCCACUGCGGAGUACAUGCAAACCGUAAAUGAAAUGCAAGCACGACAAAAAUCACAAUAAACUUUCGAGUACAAAAAAAGUGGCAUUUAUCAUAUUAUCCACUCGGAAAGAUUAAAACAGAUUAAGAAAAUAUAAGUGGGAAAAACUUAUUAACCCGCUGCGAAUCACUUCCAGUAUUUUACGCAUACUGAUGAGUUGUAAAAUGCUUUAUUAUAUGGAUUUUAACACUGCAAGGGUAGCUAUUUUUAGCACCGUACCUUCAAAAUAUAUUUUUUAUUAGC